ACCAUCGGAAAAAAAAACGCCCUAAUGAGAACAUCCUCUGAAUACGGGUGCUGUGAUCGUGGUCGUGAGCCUAUAACUUUUCUGAUAUUGAACCAAGAAAUUGCAAGAAAUAAGAAUUAAAGAAUACAUGUAGUAUCAUGGUAGAAAUACAUGGAAUAGUAUAAGUAAAAAUAACAAUAAAUUAGUAAGUGGAAUAAUACUACAUCUGUACAUACGUCUGCUUAACAUCCCUUAACAAGGUCAAUAUGGAUCGAAAACUCAAAGAGUUAGUAGACAUAGAAGACUUUGAGAGUCUUAAAAAAUUAAUUCCUAAAGCCGACAUAUCCGAGCUCUGUAAUUUGGUGCUCUCACGUUUAACACAAAAUCAUAUAGUCAAUUUAAUAGAUCACGUAUUGAAUGGUUUCUCAAAUACAGAACAAUGCCAAUCGAAGAAACGAAAAUUGAUAGAAUGUGUAUUAAAAGAAAUAAAAAAAUUGAAAGUAACAAGUACACAUGCAGGUACUUUGGUCAACAGAAUUGUCAGAGAUUUUCCAAAAUGGACAAAAUUACAUUUAACAAAAUUAGUGGAAUAUUGCCUCGUCAGUAUUCAGAAAAAUGACGAUGAGUUUUUUUGUUGGAAAGAUGUCUUGCCACUUAUACUACAAAUUCUAGAGGAAGAAAAAUACAUAAGUUACAAAGGCAACGAAGUCUCGGGAGCUGAUUACAAAUCCCUUGUUAUCAAGGCAAUCUGCAGUCAGCCAUGGGAACUUGGAAUAUUAACUUCUCUAGCUCAAAUGUUUGGUGAAAUUUGUAUGACAAAAAAUGAUCUUGAAUUCGCAAUUCGUGCUCUUUGUGAUAAAACCCUUGAAGUUGAGCCAAACGAGUUACCACCACUUGUCCAUCAGCUUCUUCGUUUAACAAACAAUUCAAAUGGUCGACUUGUGAUCGAAACUCUCCAGAAAUAUUUUUCAAAACAAUAUUCAGAGGCUGCUGAGAGUGCCAAUACAGAGAGUAUCGAUUGCAUUGGCCAAGUAAGCUUGAAAGAAAUUCAAGAAAUAGAAAGUACGGUUCUUUAUCACAUUCAUCAAUCAGCACUACUCAACCAUUCAAGCUUGAAAGAAUUUAUAAAAAACUUGAAAGGUAUAACGCAUGCACCAGAAUUCAUACUGAAUCCGUUCUCACUGUCCGUAUUAUUAUUGGUAUCGAAUAUUUAUGAAGAUCAAAUAUUUGAAAUAAUUAAACAAGCUAUAUCACGGAAAAUUCAGGACGAUGAGAAACGAAAAUCUCAUGCUUGGAUGAAAGAAGUACUUCCAGAGAACUGGAAAGUCAUGGAUAUAAUGGAGCAAGUUAUUGACAAUAGCAACAAAGAUCGUCACUUAGUUUUGAAAGGUCUUGUUGACCUUUCAUUUGUGUUGUUAGAAUCUGGCAAAACAAAAGAUAAUGAAGUUAAUAAAAUGCACGAAAUUGGAAUGCAAAUAAUACAAAAAUUGAUUAAAAAACGACACGAAAUUGGGUCAACCGUUUUGCAAAAGUUAACUGAUAAAAUAGUGUCAGGUGGUACAUUUGUUUCACAGUACACUGAGUGUUUAGCUUAUAUGUGUCGCAAAUCAACGAUUAUCGUGUUAGAUUCUCUUGUGUGGGUAUCAGCUUUGCUUGAUAAUUUACUAUCGAUACCUGGUGAGUCAGCAACCCAGGUAUUAUAUGCAACAUUACCACUAAUGCGAAUAUCACCAAGUAUCCGAGACACUCUUGUCGUUAUUCUUCGAAAAGCUUUGUAUAGAAAAGGUGUUUGCGUACGAAAAAUGGCAGUAACUGGAUUUCUUCAAUUUUUAAGUAAUUUGAAAAUUGCUCCUUUCAGCUUGAGCCAAUCUAGUAGCAGUACUAACACCACUAAUUCUAGCUCGAUAUUUACCCAAGCAACUGUUGAGCGUAGCACCCAAAGUUUAAAAGCAAAUUCAAAAUGUAAUGCUUCGUUUUGUCAAGAAAUUUUAGGUAUUUUAAAAAAAUGUUUUUCUCAUGAAUAUGAAGUGCGUCAACAUUUGUACAGUGGUUUGUAUGAUGCUGUUUGCUGCAAUUCAGAAUUGGCUGAACCAAUAAUCGACAUGUUACUUAGUCACUUAAAUAACUAUUAUGAAAACGAUGAAGACAUUCAGCCACCAUUGAAUUUUCAUAAAUGCUCAAGUACAAUUGGUUCCGAGGCAGUUCUACAAGAACCAAUAGGUGACUUGGUAUUUGUCUUGCAGAAAAUUUACUGCAAAAUUGCUGUCAAAGAAUCAUGCUCAAUUGAUAAACUGGCUCUUGUUCUCGCAUCAAUUUGUCGUAGAAUAACUCAAACGGAAGUUGGCCAUCUUGGUAUUGAUGAUGGAACUGAUCUCUUUGAUAAUGUACCAAAAGCUCAACAAAAAGUUUUAUCAAUAAAACUCAUGUUAACUGUUACUGAAGCACUCAUCGCCUAUCGCAUUGGUAGCUGGAGCAAAGAAUUAACAGCAGUAACUGGACUCAACAAUAUGUUCAAGGCAUACUAUACACUUGUUGAAUUUUGUAAACGUGUUGUAAAACCAAGAACUGGUAAUAAUAAAAAUAAAAAAGACAAAGAUCCUGAUACAACAAUUAAAAAAACUGGUGGUCGUACUGGUACAAUUAGACUUCCUACAACAAUUAUUGAUCUUGAAAUAAUUAAAAAAUUAUUAAGUUUGCUUUAUGAUUCGGAUAUAGCUUGGGCAACAUGUGAACAAAUAAACCUUGCCAGAAAACGUCCUGAAUUUCAUAAAUAUGUUUUACGAAUUUGUAUGCAUGUUUUUCAAGUAGCAAAGCAACUUAAAAACAUUGAGCGACAAAAAUAUCGUGAAAACCAAAUAAAAAACUAUUUCGAUGUUGGUGAAAUACUUUAUAAACAAUUUAUUGCUGAUUUGGAAGGUGUCCGAGGAUUUGAAGAAGAAGUCGCCAUACUGGGGCUUGAAUGUUUCAAAGAUUUUAUCGACACAAUGUACUCACUGUUCCCUACAUAUUUGUCAAAGUAUUAUGCGAUUAUUGUUGAUGUUGAGGUAAAUAAGGGACUUGUUUCUCAAGUCUCAAGAUUAUUAACAUUUCUACAAGAUUUUAUAAAUAGAUUUUACGAAUUGCAAGUCGAUGAAGAUGAAGAGGACGAAGAAUCUAUUUCUAAAAAAAUACCUUUACUUCUUUUUGAAAUAAUUUCAUUGUUGAUCAAGAAAAAUAUAACUGCUGAUGGACCAUACGAGGAAACUUUUAAAUGGCUCAUUGAAAUGUCAAAGUCGAAUAAAGUUGAUGACUCUGUUGCUGUUAUAAUUUUUGAAUUAAUAGCAAUCAUUGAAGACCGUGAUGACGACUAUGGAAAAAUUCUUGACUCCGUCUGUAUUGAGUUGUCGAAAAAAUUAGGCACCAUUGACAAUGUAGUAAUAUCAAUUCGAGAAAGUUACCCAACACUGAAGGAAAUGACGAUGCAUCAAGUUCACAAUAUUUUAAAUAAUCUUAUAAAAACAAAAUUGGAUAACUCAUCAUGGAUUUUAGGAAGACUCAAGGCCGAAAAUAUUAUUUCUGUUUCACCAGGUAUGGGCGAUGAGCUGCACCGUGAAAAAAUAAAAGAAAAAGAAAGAAUACUGUGUAAACAGUUGUCUUACCAAACUCAUACACUUCAAUUAUUAGCAAACUCAGCGAUUGAUCCAGGCCCUAACACAGAAGCAUUGUUUAAAAAUCUCCAUCAGCUGUACAGUAUACUUAAUCACUUAACAAAAUAUUUUAACAACAAAUCCAGCCUACAGAAUGCAGCAUUUCAAGCAGUCAGGUUCAUUCAGGUUGUUGAGUUGGCCGGUAAAUUGUUGAAAGCAACUUUUUAUAAUUUGAUAACACAUACCGAAGGAAAUCAUAUAAGUAGCCGCAAAGCUGAUGCACAAACUUUAAGGAACAAAGUAUUGAAAGAAACAAAAUUUAUUCCAAAAGUUGUUUAUGAAAUUGAACAGUUUCAAAAGGAAAUAUUGGCACUUGGAAAGAAGACUGGGGUGCCAUUGGAUGGUUACAUUAAACAUAGUGUGACUCGAGAUUUUAGAAUAAGCCAUCCUCAACUGGUUGAAGGACUUGAAAAACUUGAUGGAAGUCAGAUGAUGACGCAGGCUACAAUACAACACAAUCAGAGCACCCGUGAUUCUAAUCUUGAUGAUCUCUCCGAUGCAUCAACUUCUCAUACAUCGAAUAUGGAAAUUGAUAGCGAAGGACCACCAAGAAAAAAAACAAGGAAAAGUCGAUGAUUUGACUGAUUAACAGUAGAAUCUGUAAGCGUGGUCAUGAUACAAAAAAAAUUAUUUGUUUUAAAAUUUUAUCUACCUCAAUAAUAAUUUAUUUUUUCAAUUCUUUAAAUGGUUUAUUAUUUUGUAGUGUAUUAUUAUUGUUUUUGUUUAUUAUCAAUCCAAAAAGCGAAGUUCUAGAAAGAGGAAUGCCUGGUCUUGAACCAUAACAUUUUUUUCUUCAUCCAAGAAGCGUAUUUCUAGAAAGAGGAACAUUUGUCCAUGAACCAAGAUAUGUUUUGUCAUAAUCCAAGAAAUUUCUUUUUUAAACUGAACAUUCGAUCAUGAUCCAAGAUAAUUUUUAUACUGUUU